AUGGCUUACAAAGUAAAUGCAUCUGGCCGUUCUUAUCGAAACGGGAUGGCUCUGUCAGACGAUAUGCGAUCAUUGAUUAUUGAUGAAAUUGUCAAAGAAGGUGGGGAUAGAGUAGCUGGUUAUAUGCCAGUUACAUACACAGAAAUUGCUAGGAGAUUAAGUGUAUCCCGUCAAUCAGUUAAAAAAAUUUGGCAGCAGUUUUGCGAAUCCAACGACAUUUCAGUGAAAUCUCGCGGAGGAUCUCACAAUUGCAAACUGACCCCGGACGAUCUGGAACUAAUUGAAACAUUGAAGACUGCCCAGGGUUCCAUUUCGCUGAGCGAAAUUUGCGAAAUUCUGCAAGAAGGCAAUGAUGGUCAAGACAUUGUGUCUAUAUCUGCAAUUUCCCGCGCAAUUAAGUCCAAUUUAUUGUCUGGCAAGAAAUACUCUCGCAAGAAAAUAUCGCACGUUGCACGGCAACGCUUUACUGCGACAAAUGUGCUGUACAAACAGCUUUUUAUUGAUUAUCUGAGCUCGAAAGACGCAAGCAAGAUUAAAUUUUUCGAUGAAGCAGGCAUUAAAAUGCCUGAUGUUGGCACUCGUCUUUACGGAAACGCACCAGUCGGUGAAAGAUGCAUCGAAGUUGUGAAACGACAAGAAACACCCAAUACCACAUUAAACCUUCUUGUAUCGUUAAAUGGAGUGGAAUACUACAACCUAAUAGACGGAGCUAGCAACACAGUGCAGUUUCUAAAUUUUUUCGAAGAGGCUUCGAAUGCGGUUAAUUUUGAAACGAGAAGACCCGCUCUAGAGGUUGGAGAUACUAUCGUUAUGGAUAACUGUGGAGUUCAUCAUUAUGAGGGCGGACAGGCUUUGGAAGAGUUCUUGGCCGAUAUGGGAAUCGAAUUACUCUACACACCUGCAUAUUCACCCGAACUAAAUCCUGUAGAGUUUUGUUUUAACAAGAUAAAAACCCAGUUAAAUUUCCGUUUUCGACGUCUAUUCCAUGCAAAUGCUAUAAACAUGGCUUGCGCUUUGGCCCUUGAGACAAUCACAAACGAAGACAUGAAACAAUUUUAUAACUAUGCUGCAUAUUUGUUCGAAGAUUAA